AUUACUGUGGCUUUUAUUGACACACACACGCACACACGCACACGGAGCCCUGCAUGCGCUCUUUGUCUGCUGCGGAACAAGAGCCGGAAUGACCUGGCACUUGUAGAAUUUGGAUCAGUGAGGCAAACUACGUGACGCUUUGGACGACCACGGAAUCUUCCUACGUGCUCCCGGCUCGAACGGAGUAAACAGAGGACUGAGAUGUUCUUCUCCUGAACUCCAUCUUGAUAAAGGCUUCCAUCAUUCACAUCCAACCAUGGCAUCUAAUAUAAUUGUGGAGCAACAAUUUUCCCACAAGUUCACGGUGACAGUUGUUCGAGCCGAGAGUGUCACGAAGGGAAAACUUGGGGACUUGUUGGACACACCAGAUCCAUAUGUGGAGUUGUUCAUCCCGACAACCCCGGACAGCAGGAAGAAGACCAAGCACAUAGACAACAACGUCAAUCCAAAAUGGAACGAGACCUUUCAUUUCAUACUUGACCCCAACCUGCAGAAUGUCCUUGAGGUCACAUUAAUGGAUGCCAAUUAUGUGGUGGACGAGACUCUCGGGACUGCCUCCUUUGACAUCUCCAACCUCGAACUUGGCCACAAACAGAAGGAGACCAUCCUCAUCGGCAAAGCAACCAAGGUCUACUUAGAGAUGUUCCUGGAGAUAUACACCAAAUUGGAUCUACGGUUCAGCCUGGCCUUGUGUGACAAUGAGAAGCAGUUCCGACAGAGGCGGCGAGAAAGAGUGAUGCUGGGCAUCAAGAAGCUACUCCACAUGGAGAAGCCUCAAUUCCUUCCCAGCUCGCCGGAAGAGGUACCCAUCAUCGCCAUCUCGGGUUCAGGAGGUGGCUUUCGCGCCAUGGUCGGCUACUCGGGUGUGACGAAGGCCCUCUUUGAGUCUGGAGUUCUAGAUUGUGCCACUUAUAUUGCCGGUCUUUCCGGAUCCACCUGGUACAUGUCCAGCCUCUACUCGCACCCUGACUUUCCAAACAUAGGCCCAAAAGAGAUCAACAAGGAACUAAUGAAGAGAGUUAGCAGUAACCCAUUGAGGCUUUUGCUGCCCCAACACAUAACCAACUACAUCCAAGCCUUGUGGACCAAGAAGGCUUCUGGACAGCCAGUGACCUUCACCGAUAUCUUUGGUAUGCUUAUCGGGGAGACACUCAUACCUGCGAGGAUGGACAUCAAGUUAGGUGACAUUCGGGAGAAAAUAAACCAGGCCCAAAGUCCUCUUCCUCUCUUCACCUGUCUGCACGUUAAGCCUGAUGUUUCCGAGCUCAUGUUUGCAGACUGGGUGGAGUUCAGCCCUUAUGAAAUCGGAAUGGCAAAAUACGGCACCUUCAUGACCCCCGACUUGUUCGGAAGCAAGUUCUUCAUGGGGACGGUCGUCAAGAAAUACGAAGAGAACCCUCUUCACUUUCUAAUGGGUGUGUGGGGCAGCGCCUUUUCCAUUCUAUUCAACAGAGUGCUUGGGGUCAAAGACACACCAGGAGGCUCCACCAUGGAGGAGGAGUUAGAGCAGAUCAAACCACAGCACAUCGUCGGAGAUGACAGCAUGGACAACGAGGAGGAAGUCCGCAAAGGUGGCACGGAGAACCAGGAGGCCGAUGACGAGUAUCAUCGCACUGCUCAGGCCAGCUGGGUUCAACGGAUGUUCACGUCGCUCUUCAGUGACUCCGCCUUGUUCAACACCAGAGAAGGCCGCGCCGGCAAGGUGCAUAACUUCAUGUUGGGUCUGAACCUGAACACCAGCAUGCCUUUCUCUCCCGUCAGUGGGCUCAUCCGCUCUGCAGCUACACCCGAGGAAGAGGUGGAUGCUGUCACAGACCCGGAUGAGUUUGACCGUAUCUACGAGCCUCUGGAUGUGAAAAGUAAGAAGAUCCACGUGGUGGAUAGCGGCCUGACGUACAACCUUCCCUACCCUCUCCUCCUGCGGCCCCAACGUGGCGUCGACCUCAUCAUCUCCUUUGAUUUCUCUGCACGACCGAGUGACUCCAGCCCCCCGUUCAAGGAGCUCCUGUUGGCUGAAAAGUGGGCUCGAAUGAACAAGCUCCCAUUCCCCAAAAUCGAUCCCAAAGUGUUCGACCGCGAGGGCCUCAAGGAAUGCUACGUGUUCAAACCCAAGAAAGGCGAAAAGAACUGCCCCACUGUCAUCCACUUUGUCCUGGUGAACAUCAACUUCAGGCAGUUCAAAGCGCCGGGUGUUCCAAGAGAGACUGAGAAGGAGAAAGAGUUUGCAGACUUUGACAUCUUCGACGAUCCCGAGUCGCCAUUCUCCACUUUCAAUUUCCAAUACUCCAACGAGGCUUACACCCGACUUCACGAUCUGAUGGAGUUCAACACCCUCAACAACUUGGAGGUGAUUAAAGAAGCCAUCAAAGAUCGCAUCGUGUCUCGGAAGGAGAAUCCUUCAAACCCCACGUUGCCCUUCUCCCUCAGUGAGAUCCCCAGAAAGAGGCUUCUCAAAAGGAAACGUCAUGCCACAUCCUGGAACGGGGACAAUGACCAACAAGAUUGACUUGCAUUUGCUUUUCGGAAACUCAUCUUGGGUCAUGACGUUGAUGCUGAAAGGGAUUUUGGAAACAACUCUGAUGUUUACUGCUUGGAAUCACACUGACAUUUUUCACCUGGCUUCAUUUGCACGUAGUGGGAAAACAGCUAACGUUUGCUUUCCCCCUCGCCGAAACUGGAUGUCACCGUUUUUAGACUGUAGGAGCAGCGAGAUCUGUCUCUGUACUUUUUAAAAAAACAACCAAGUCACGUAUCAAUGUGUUUUUAUUUUAUUUUUAUUUCUGCGUGCUGCACCUUUGAACUGGCAUCGAUUCAUGCUCACUUGAGCCGACGGCAUAUGAUCUCAAAUUAGACUCCUGUGAGAACUUUGCGUGUACUCUACCUGUUUGUUCAUCUUCAUCACGCCAUAACAAUAUAAAACACUUUUUCUUUUUUGGCAACGGAACGACUCGUCCAAACAUGUCCUCAAGACUGAAAUCAUCCGAGUGAAGCUUGUAACCGUUUGUUUGAUGGUAAUUGGUAAACACGAUGAGUGCUACCCCUCAAACAUUUCAAGAUUGUUUACUCACUCACCCACCCACAGGGAGCGAGCGAGCGAACGAGCGGGGAGUGCCUGAUAUCAAAGCGGCCAUUGUACCUAAACAACGCCCGUUACCAUGGAAACGCCUUUCCACCUUCUCAGGUGUGUUUAUGAGCCUGACUGUGUUGUUUCAGGCCACUGUGUCAGAUAAAGGCUAGCUUUGUCUUCCGGGGCUCAUUUCCUCAACCUGACUCCUAGACGUGGAGUUGAGGCCAGGUUGCCAAGUGGCAUCGUAAGCCUAGUCAGUGGAAUUUGCCACACCUACACCUCCAGCGGGGGGAAGCCUGGAAUCUGACACAUUCCACCUCCACCUGCAGGGGCAAUUGAGUUACAGCGCUCUGCUUUGGAAGAGAUCCGGAAAACAAAACGACCACAAACAUUUCUCAGUGCUCUUAGCUAAAGGUUCACUAAAUGGUCUGUCGUGAAAUUGUUUUACUUUUCAUGUUUGCUCCGG